AGCUAGAGAGAAGUCAAUCAUCGCUCAGUGAUGCUGGAGAUUCUCCUGAGUGUCGCCGUUGAGUAUGUGGGUGUGCGUGUGGCCGAGGCCGGUGCAAAGACAUCUCAAGCAUCCCGGUGAGCAUCCGGCACUAGCAGCCAACAGUCAGCGAGAGAACGGCAGCGAGACAAGAACUGGUUUUUUCGGCUUAAGACUGUGUUGUUGAUCGUGUUUUUUUUUCAAGGCUAGGUCAUUACGGGUUUUGUUUUUGUUGAUAAAAGGUAUGGUUUUCGGUUGAGAUCCUUGCACAGAUCAUCACGAGAAGGUGCCACAAUGUAUCGGGUACAAACAUUCUGGUUCCUGCUGGUCUGGUUGGGACUCGUAAUUGCACGCCGGCUAAACGAUGUUUCCGGGGACAAAUGCAAACUAGCGAAUGGUACCGGGGAUGGAAUCUGUACAGAUGCGCGGGAUUGUCCGUAUUUGAGGACUGUUCCACAGACGGAUUGGAUAACAUGUGGUUUCAAUAAAUCCGAGCCGAUUGUAUGUUGCGGCCCGGGAGACGUCACUAUUAAAUCCACCAAAACCAAGUCACGAGUGUCUCUGAUAAGCGAACGAAUGUGCGAAAGUUUCUCGAUGUCCGGUCUCUCGCACCAUGUUUUCGGCGGUUCAAUAGCGGCUGUGAAUGAGUUCCCACAUGUCGCUGCCCUCGGCUAUCUUGAGGAUGGGACCAUUAAGUUUCGCUGUGGAUCAAGCCUCAUAUCGGAGCGAUAUCUGCUGACCGCAGCUCAUUGUGUGAAGGAGCAGAAACCACAGCUCGCUCGGUUUGGGGUGGUUCAUCUUUUCGAAGUAAAUCCUCAGGAGCCUCCCGUUGACAUCGGCUUCAAAAAUUCAAUCAUUCAUCCGAACUACACGAGCCGUCCGCUCAGGAACGACAUCGCAUUGUUGGAGCUGGAUCGAUCCAUAACCGAACCGUUCAUCCAUCCAGCGUGCUUGUAUACCAACCUAACCGAUCCGGAACCACAUGUAAUUCUCUCGAUAGAAGGUUGGGGCAGCACUGAUCCGAACGAUUUCGAUUCAUCACCGAUACUGUUGAAGGCAAAUGUCACCACGCUGGACCGGGAGGGAUGUAACAGUACCCUGGUGCAGGAUAAAUCACGAAGAAGCCUUGGUCCGUUGCAAAAUGAGCAGUUAUGUGCACUUGGGAGAAAUUUAAGGAAUGAAACCGUGGGAGAUACUUGCGUUGGCGACUCCGGUGGUCCACUGGAGCUGAUUCUAGGGCAUCGACGAUAUUUGGUGGGUGUCACAUCCAGUGGAAGGUUGUGCGGGUCGACCUGGCCGGGUGUUUACACCCGGAUAUCGCGAUAUAUUGAUUGGGUGGAAUCGAUUGUGUGGAAGAGCUAGAAGGAGGAUGAACGGAGCAGAAGAAGUGCAAAAUACUUUGUGUGAAACUUGAAAAAACAUGUAUACAUUCCGUCGCAUCGAAUAAAACGGGAAAUGUUAAGA